AUGUUACUACUCUUCCUAUUCUUACCAUUCUUCUGUCUGGCUUCUCCAAAAACUACAGAAGAUAUAUUCAAGGGGCUGUUCCCUAUACAACCUCCACAUUGCUCAAGAACACCUAUUGUCAUAGCACAGACUAGUCAAGAUGCUAAUGACGCUAUCAAGAGAUCUAUGCAAAUGCAAUUCCAUAUAGGUUUACAUACGACCGUAUGUUUCCGUCUUGAAGAAGAUGCUGAUACUGUACACAAUCAACUCAAUCCAAAAGACACAAAAGGAGCAUCUUCAUGGUUACAUACAAUUCGAUUGGAGAAAUUGGAGCAUCAUCAUCCUGUUACUCAAGCAUAUGUUUUCGCAAUUCCCGAAGUACGAACGGAAUGCUUCUGUGAAUGUGAUGCUACAGCCUCGAGCUGCACAGCUGAAUCCCACCAGUUCACACAAUGCCCAGAAGGAGAUAUGACAACGGAAGAUAGGUCAACAUCUUGCUAUCGAACUUUCUUCCCCAAUCAGUCACCUAUCGGUUGCGAUGCUGGCAGUAGCCCAAAGCUUUGUUGCGAUGUUAAAUUCCGCCCAUACAGGAAUCAGUCGUUUACUGCGGUCAAAUUGGAGCAACCAUCUACUUUCGCCACCUUCGUGUACACAGCGUACGAUUUCAGCCAUGGUCGUUGGCAUGAAAUGGACAAAACAACCAUACGAACACAGCUGGACGGCGGAACACAAGACAAGUUCUUAGAUUCACUCCGACGAAUCGCUCUUUCUGUAGCAGCUGGUGGAAGAGCUUCUCAUCAGCUGGAAUCUGGAAUGUACUUUGCAAAUCACAACCCUGGUGGUGAAAUGGACGGAUUGCGAAAGCAACCCCUAAAUGAAAUAAUGGAGAACAACUUUGACCGUCUCGGAUGGUAUAGACUAGAAGAUUCGAAACUGUUCGGUAACUUUCGAAGAGAACCUCGCUUCCAUGUCUUCAAUGGACCUGUUAGAAUGGACGAAAUCCAUAAAGCCAAAGUGAAAAACUGCAAAGACCAAACAUACAGAAGUGUUUUAGUGGCGAAUAAUUACAUGCCCGACAACUUCAAUCUAUCACGCCCAUUGGAAAUGAUUUAUCCAUGGAUCCAAAGUGCUCGUCUUUAUGAUGGAACUACUCGUCAAGCUAUUGUUACUCAUGCUGAAGGAACCAACUUAUACAUAACUCUACAAGUGACUGAUGAAGGCAAUGGCCAUCGACUCGUUUUCUUCCACAACGCCUCAAGGGUUGAUGACUUUACUGGUUCAAUCAUAGUGGAUUCAAGAAGCAACAGAUAUUUCAAUUUAACUGUCUACGGUGCUUCUGGAAAGAUUAAUGGAAUAGUCAAGUACUCUACUAAUAAAGAGUCUGAUGAAAUAUAUUCUUUCACUACAUACGUCCACGACUUGAGUGCUUCAAAUCGCUCCAUGAUUAUCCCAUUGCCUGCAGUCGUUGAAGGUGGACCCAGAAUGAUCUGUCUAAGAUCUGAUGAGCAACGAGAAGAAUCUUCCAUUUGUCGGAUAGUAGAGUAUCAUGAGAGUCCUCUAGAGAUCGAUAUCGAUGAGAGUACUUGGCAUGAGAUGGUUGGACGUUGUCCAAGCUGCAAUCAAAUAAACCUGGGAGGAAUCACAAAAUAUUUGAAUCCAAUGUCCUGGGUUAAUGGCGUAUCAUCACUUGGAGAGUUCGUCAUGAUGGCCACUGAUGUCUUCAUCUACGUGGCCAUCCUCUUUGUCUUCUACGUAGUUCUCACGAAGAUCAUCAUUCCAAUAAUGAAAUGCUGGAUUUGCCCAUUAUAUAUAAUAAGCAAAAAAGAAAAAAAGAAUAAAACAAAGAAGAAGAAGCCAAGCAUAGAAGAUGGUUCAAUGGUCUAA